UUGAAGCAGCUAGGUAGCGUAUCCGUUAGAUUUGUUUCACGCCUGCAACUCCAAGUUGCUACGCGUGCACAUUAUAUGGACACCAUUACUAUCCUUUUCCUUAUCUUUCUCUCUUCUCUCCUCUCAUAUCCAUUCAUAAUCAAACAACACAAACCCACAUCCAAACCUAAGCUUCCCCCAGGUUCAAUGGGUUGGCCUUAUAUUGGAGAAACUUUUCAACUCUACUCUCAACCCCCUAACAUCUUCUUUUCUUCUAAACAAAAAAGAUAUGGAGAAAUAUUUAAAACACAUAUACUAGGAUGUCCUUGCGUGAUGCUAGCAAGUCCUGAGGCUGCAAGAUUUGUGUUGGUGACUCAUUCUCACUUGUUCAAACCUACAUAUCCCAAAAGCAAAGAGAAACUCAUUGGUUCUUCUGCAUUAUUCUUCCAUGAAGGAGAUUAUCAUACUCGCAUUAGGAAACUUGUUCAAACCUCGCUUUCUCCUGAAUCAAUCAAGAAACUGAUCCCAGAUAUUGAAACACAAGUCAUUUCAUCUUUGGAAUCUUGGGUUUCUAUUGGACAAGUUAUUAACGCUUUCCAUGAAAUGAAAAAGUUCUCUUUCAAUAUUGGGAUCCUCUCCGUCUUCGGUAACUUGGAAGACAAUUAUAGAGAAGAGCUUAAGGAGAAUUACUGCAUAGUAGAGAAAGGUUACAAUUCUUUCCCAAAUAGAAUCCCUGGAACUGCAUACUCCAAAGCUCUUUUGGGGAGGCAAAGAAUCCAAGAGAUUAUAAGUGAGAUAAUAUGCAAGAGAAAGGAGCAGAGAUUGAUUAAGAAGGAUCUAUUAGGCCACUUGCUAAACUACAAGAAUGAAAAAGGAGGAAUGUUAACUGAUGAGGAAAUAGCUGAUAAUAUAAUUGGAGUACUAUUUGCAGCUCAAGAUACUACAGCAAGUGUUCUUACUUGGAUUCUCAAGUACCUUCAUGAUGACCAGAAACUUCUUGAAGCAAUAAAAGCAGAACAAAUGGCAGUAUAUGAAGCCAAUGAUGGAGGGAAGAUGCCAUUAACUUGGAGUCAAACCAAAAAUAUGCCACUUACUCAUAGGGUAAUAUUGGAAAGUUUGAGAAUGUCAAGCAUAAUCUCAUUUACUUUUAGAGAAGCUGUGGUUGAUGUAGUAUACAAGGGAUAUCUAAUACCAAAGGGUUGGAAAGUCAUGCCACUGUUCAGAAACAUCCACCACAAUCCAGAGUUCUUCAUUAAUCCUCAGAGUUUUGACCCAUCAAGAUUUGAGGUUUCUCCAAAGCCCAAUACUUUUAUGCCAUUUGGCAAUGGAGUGCACUCUUGUCCAGGAAAUGAGCUAGCCAAGUUGAAUAUGGUAAUACUAAUUCACCAUCUAGUAACAAAGUUUAGGUGGGAGGUAGUGGGAAAUGAAAGUGGAGUCCAAUAUAGCCCAUUCCCAAUCCCUUUGCAAGGUCUACCAACAAGAUUUUGGAGAAUUUAAUAGAGUCAAAAAAUAAUAAUUUAUUUAUUAAAAAAUAUAUAUAACUAUUUUAGAUGUUCUUGCCAGUUGCCACCACCCAGACUUUGAUCUCAAUUCUUCCACCUGUUUUAGUAAAAGUAGAUUUUCUUAGUCUUUAAAGUAACAUCAUACUACCUAUGCUAUUGUAAAGGGUGGCAUAUAGCUUAAGCAGAAACUAUAUCAUUUAAUUCGAGUAUGGAAGUGUAAGUGUAAGUGUAAGUGUAAUCAACUGAUAUUUUUGUUUUGGACCUAUGCUAAAAUGUACAUCAAACUAUCAAUUCUCUUAUC